AAGAAUCAACGAUGAUUUGUAAAACUUCAUGUGAUGUUAUCAAGUGUUUUGCAGUUGCUGUUUAUUGAAUUCCGCUGUCAAUUGUUUAGAUGUUUGUGGCAAUAAGCUAUUAAUUAAUAAGCUGAGUGAAAAUGUUUAAAUUACCAAAACAAAUAACAAAUCCAGUUACCAAAAUAGUAAAAACACAUCGGAUUGUGUUACAGCAAUGUAGUCGAACGUUGUCUGCUGCAAAUUUGUCUCAACAGACCCAGCUCGAUGAAAAGUUUCAAAAGAUUUGGGAAACAUCAAAACCAUACAAAUCCAUACCAGGCCCAAGUAUUCUGAAAUUAAUUAUUGAUAAUUUACCUGGAGGAAAGUUUUAUAAAGCUAAGUUGGCCGAUCUGCAUAGAUCUAUUAGAGAUGAAUAUGGCCCAAUCUCAAAAAUUCCAAAAAUGUUGGGAAAUGAAGAAAUUUUAUUAAUCACCGAUCCUGUGGAUUUCGAGUUGUUGUUCCGGAAUGAGGGACAAUGGCCAAAUCGUCGCGGAAUUUCAACAUUUGAUCAUUAUCGAAAAGAAGUUCGUCCCGAUUUAUUUAAAAAUCAAGGCGGUCUCCUAAAUGAACAAGGUGAACAAUGGGGUAAAUUACGUUCAACAGUGAAUCCAAUUAUGUUGAAACCGGCCACCGUAAACGCUUAUAUUCCGGGCGUCGAUACUAUUGCUGUUGAAUUUUGUGAUCAUAUUAAAACACUGAGAGAUGAUAAAAAUGAACUUCCCGCCAAUUUCAUGUAUGAAUUAAACAAAUGGGCAUUGGAAACGGUUGCCUCGAUUGCCGUCGAUCAACGUUUGCACAUUCUUGACAGUCAAAAGAGCGACCAAACUAACAAAGCGAGCCAGCUAAUAAAAGCUGUUGAUGAUUUCUUUACGCUAUCAUUCGAAUUAGAAAUGAAACCAAAUUUAUGGAGAUAUAUGAAAACAUCCAAAUAUAAACAGCUUAUGAAUGUCUUCGACACCAUGACAGAUGCAACACUAUUUUUUAUUGACGAGGCUAUUGGGAAAUUGGAAAAUAAAUCAUCCAACCAAAACCGAGAGCCAAGUGUACUUGAGAAACUCUUGAAGAUUGACAAACAUGUGGCGAUGGUGAUGGCAUUGGAUAUGUUUAUGGCUGGUGUGGACACUACUUCAUCAACUACGGCCAAUUUAAUGUAUCAACUGGCAAAAAAUCCAGAAAAACAAGAAGCAUUGCGAAAUGAACUUCAGAAUUUACCUGUCGAUGCAAAUGGUAAGCUAACAUCAUCGACCUUUUUGAAAAUACCAUAUCUCAGAGCGUGUAUAAAGGAGACACUAAGACUAUCUCCAAUUGUUUCUGGAACUGCGCGUACUGCUGGCAAAGAUAUAGUAAUCAAAGGAUAUCAAGUGCCAAAAGGAACUCAUGUUGCCAUUGCUUCCAUGAUAUUACAUUAUGAAGAUCAUCUGUUUAAAAAUGCAAGUGAUUUCAUGCCGGAACGCUGGCUCAAUGAACACAUACCGAACGCAUGUCCAGAAGCAAAAGCAUCAAAUCCGUUUGUCUAUCUGCCGUUUGGCUUUGGGCCCAGAAGUUGUGUUGGUAAAAGAUUUGCCGAAAUGGAGAUUUAUGUGCUGAUGACACGGCUAUUAGGAAAAUAUCGUAUUGAAUACGACUACGGACCAUUGGAAUAUAGAUAUAGCUUUGUAAUGUCGCCGACUAGUGAUUUGAAAUUCAAGCUAACGGAAAUUUAAAGAUUCCCAUUGUUGGAAACUUGCGUUGUAUAAAUCUUAGCUAGCUGUGCAGAUAUAUGGGGAAAAAAGUGUCAUACUUUUGGACAGACAUUUAAGAUUCCUUUGUAUGAAUUUGCACAGCUUCAAAUUAAUUCUAUUUUUGAGUUUCGUUCAGUUUCAAAAGACAUUUGAAUUAGAAAUAUUGUUUUUAAAGAUUUUAUGUAAUAUGUAUUUGUUCGUUUGUUUUUAUUAAUAAUUAUAAAUGUAUUUGUGUGAUUUUUAAUGAAAAAUGUACAAAGUGCCUGUUUUAAAUUGUGAGUGGAAAUAAAUAAACUUCAUUAAAAUCAAACAAACAUAAA